AUGAUAAUCCUCGGCUCUGGUGGUCACACUACAGAAAUGUUUAAGGUGUUAAAUUUCCUAGACUUAGAUAAAUAUUACCCGCGAGUUUACGUCCACGGGCACAGUGAUCUAAUGAGCGAAUUAAAACUUAAAAGUUUUGAAAUAGACAAUGAUUGCAAAGUGAUUAAAAUUUUUCGCAGCCGGGAAGUCGGCCAGUCUUAUUACACGAGUGUCAUCACCACUUUGAUAGCGUUUAUUAAUGCUGGAGUAAUUAUGUUCAGAGAAAAGCCGGAUUUGAUUUUAGCUAAUGAGAGGAUUGAUUGCAAGCUGAUAGAAAUAGAGGCAUGCUUAGAUCGAACAUGGGAAAAUUUAAAUACUGGAUACUGGAAAGAUGUGUCUAUUGGUCACAGAUAUUGCUACACAAUUUGUAGCUUACUCAAGUGCAUUCUUCUAGAAAUUGAUUCUAGAGAGGAAAAAAAUAAAAUUCAAGAAAUAGCAAAGCAGAUUGACAAGGGACUUUUGCUGGGUGCUCCAAUUGUUGAAGCGCCUGAAUUACUGACUAAUAUUGCUUCUAAAAUAAAUAAUUACUUAGAAGAAACUAAUUCAUAUAAAGAAUCAUUAAAAUUUGAGAUUGAUGAUAAAAAUAUACCAAGUAAUUUAUUAGAAGGAUGUGAGUGGAUAAAAAAGUACAAAUCACCUUCAAUGGAGACUUUUUAUCGUGAUAUAUUUAAGUGUAAAGUGCCUGCUGUCUUAGAAGAGUGUAUUAGCCAUUGGAAAGCAUUGACUACGUGGAAAGAUCCUAAUUAUCUAAUUAAAAUCGGUGGAAUGAGGACUGUACCCAUAGAAAUAGGCUCAAGUUAUACUCAAGAUGAUUGGUCUCAACAGCUUGUUACUCUUUCGGAAUUUAUCAAGUCGCAUGUGGCAAAAAAAAAUGACACUGUCUUUGGACACAAACAAAUAAUUCUCUAUCAUCCAGAAGACAGUAAAUACUUGUAUACAUAUGACACGAGAUUAUUGAGCAAUACAGCACAAGUAAAUCCUUUAAAUCCUGACUACAAUAAAUUUCCAGAAUUUAAAAAUGCUAAAGGAUUUAUGUGCUACCUAAAACCCGGUCAGGCUUUGUAUAUUCCACCAAAAUGGUGGCAUCACGUCGUCAGUCUUUCACCUAGUUUUUCUAUAAGUUUUUGGUGGAAUUAA